GCGAGUGUGGGCAUUUAUGGUUGUGAAAAAUAAAUGUAUGCUGUGUAGAUAUUAGGUUCUCAAGGAAAAAUUGGUGCUGCUCUUGUGCUGAACUAUUUGCUGCUGUGUAACAUAGUUUUGUGAUAGAGUUUUGGUCAUAGCUUCUCUGCACAAAACUUUGACAUAAUCAAAGUUUAUUUAGAAUGGGCAAGUAUAUGUCAUUUUCUGCAACUGUUUGCUUCUGAAAUCUAAGGCAAUGUGGCUAGUGGAGGGGAAAGAUCAUUUGUAUGUCGGAUUGUAGUGGCUGGCAGAUGAGGAUGUCGCUUGGGAAGAUUCUGCUUCAGGGGCCUAACAUGCUAUUAGAUGACACGGUCUCUGGUGAAGUGGCACAAGAAUUUGCUGAAUGCUGUCAAGGAAUGUACGUGUUCAGGGGCCAGAUUGCAUCUGGGGUGCUCGAGAGGGACCUCAUUGUGAUGAACCUAUGUACUAUGUUGAGGAAACUACUAGCUUAGGGCGUUCAUGAAGAUUUUCUUAUUAAUGGUGGG